ACACACCACACGCGCCCCGCACAGCGCACCAUUUGUAAACAUGGAGUUCUCGAAGAUUUGUGAAGUGUUUGGAAUCUUUCUGCUUUGUAGCUUGCUAGAAGUACAAUGUCUAGUCAUAGAGGAGACUGUAAAAGAAAGCAGCGACUGUCCGUGCUCGGAUCCUGGGCUUUGUGAUGUGAUCAAAACACCACCGAGAAAAGAGGUUUUUGGUUUCUGGGUCGGUGGCAGUGAAUGGAUGAAGUAUGAUUGGAAUGCACUGACGACAGUCGUGAUGGUCGGCCACUACGACGCCAAAAUGAUGUGCUAUGCUCACUCAAAGGGAGUAAGAGUUACUCUCCUAGGAAACUUUCCUUUGGCCAAUCUGAGUAGUGUGUCUGAUAGAAACAAGUGGAUCAUAGAGAAGGUGGCAAUGGCCGUCGAUCUCCACCUCGAUGGCAUCAACCUUGACCUCGAGAAUCCAAUCGAUGCGUCUCAAGCUCCUUUACUGACGUCCUUCGUGGAUGAAACAACGAAAGCUUUCCACCUAUCCAUUCCGAACUCUCAGGUCACCUUUGAUGCUGCUUGGUCGUCAGGCUGUAUCGAUGGCCGUUGCUAUGACUACGUAGGGAUCGCUAAGUCAUGUGACUUCCUCUUUGUGAUGUCAUACGAUGAACAGAGUCAGAUAUUUGGACCGUGUAUCGCAAUGGCGAAUUCACCCUACAACAAAACAGCUUAUGGUGUUGAGAUGUUUUUGAAGCUUGGGAUACCAGCUAAGCAGCUGGUACUUGGCGUUCCCUGGUAUGGUUACGACUACAAAUGCAACAGUCUUAGCAAGAGCAAUGUUUGUGCAAUUGAACACGUACCAUUUAGAGGAGUGAACUGCAGUGAUGCAGCAGGAAAACAGAUCAAUUAUGGAGGGUUGAUGCAAUUGCUGGCGAAGAACGCGACAAGCGGGCCACUGUUCAACACCACGUAUUUGGCUCCAUUCUUUAACUACAAGGAUUCCAAAACUGAUAAGAUGCACCAGAUAUGGUACGACAACCCGAAAAGUUUAACGGCACGCUACGAGUACGCCAGUAAGAUGAAGCUUAGAGGAGUAGGGAUGUGGAACCUGGACACCCUAGACUACAGCGAUGACCCAACAGCCCAGGACCAGACUAAAGCCAUGUGGAAGGCCAUCGGAAAGUACUUUCUCGACGGAAAUGAAGUCUUUUAAGAAUUUAUUGUAAAUAAAAACGUUAAUGUUGGGUGAGUAAACACUUGAAGCCGUUGUGGCAGGAGAUCCCCUUGGGUUUAGGUCCCCCCAUACGGCGACCUGUGUACAAACUUCUUCAGAUAGCGCCCUCUUUUGAAUCCUCUUCCUACAGCCCACGUUAAUUUUCCCAUGAUGGGGAUCGAAUCUCCGGCAGACAGAAUUCCCUGGACACCGUCACUGAAAUCUUGUUUGAAAUUGUUCAGGUACGACUAUACUUGAUGAACAAACAUCGAGUUAUAUAUAAAAACUAGA